GCGACAGUUUGACCUUCAAGUGCUCGCAACCCCCAACAGUGGACGAUACCCUAGGAGCCUUGCCAUUAUGGAAAAAGUAUUAACAUACGAUGAAAGUAAUCGCGAUGAAGUGGAUGCCAAUGCUGCAUUAGCGGAACUAGAAAAGAUGCCUCAUAUCGGUGUCACCAAAACUGGACAAUCUCGUGGAGUAUUAGAUAAAAUUGAUGGAAUACGGACAAGUAUUGAUGGUGUUGACGAGAAUACCUCAAAUGAUAUUCAACGUAAUGAUAUUAUCCCAAUGUCAGAGGAGGAAAAAGCUCAAUUAUUAUCAUCCGAUGCUUUUCUACGCUUUCUUGAACGUUCUUCACGUAUAAUUGAACGAGCGAUUUGUCAUCCAGAUGAAGGUAUCUUUUUGGACUAUUCCGGUCAAGAUCUUAAAACUAAAGAAAUAUUAAAGAUUCCCAUCGGUGAUCCUGGGUUCGAUUUGUGUGUGGCGUGAUCAUAGAUGCACUUCGCUGAGGAGUUCCACACUAGGAAGAAACAGCCAUCUAUUGCUUCCAGGUUUCACAUGAUGGUCAAGCUUUAAUCGAAUUAUGAAUUCAGCUAUUACAUAUGUUAUUCUUAUUUGAAUUAAUAAAAAAGAAAAUUAUAAUUUGACUAUAAUCAAUCCAGACAAUCAAUCUAUCAUUCACAAUUAGUACAAUUCAUAGCGAUUUCAUUAUGUCAUCAUAUUAUUGUUUUGAUUGUUUAGCUUGUAUAAGCCAUAUACAAAUACUUUAUUAGUUAGAACCAAUUUACAUUCUAUACAAAUUAUGCAAUAAACUUAUCAUUUCAAUAAAUUCUCCAAUGUAACCAAAGUUUUUCUCCUUUGUGGUCAUAUUAGACUAAUAUAAAUUCAUAUAUGUACCUGGUCUUAUUUUGUAGUUGACUGAUAUAACAACAUAUGGCUUUUACUAUUCAUUCAACGUGUUCUACAUUCGACAGCUGUUGUUGUUGUCGUCGUGUUUUCUUUUUUGAAUUUUCCCAUCUGGAGUUUGUCAGUAACUAGAAAUCUGUUGUUUACACCAGCUUACAUGACAUUUUGAUAAUAAAAUAAAUUUGUCAAAAAUAUAA